AUGAACCACCCGUACCCUACAGCCGUACCGCCGGCAGUCCCCAAUGCUCAAUUUCGGCGCAGGGACGGCCCUAGAAUGUACCAGGCAGCUGCUGCGGCGUACUAUUAUCCGCAACAAUUUCAUCCUCAAGCCCACACACCGCCACCUCCCCCGGUGAUUGUAAGGUCGCCGCACCCACACCAGGUCACAAAACCUCCACCUCCACCUCCACCUCCACCACCACCUCCGCCGCCAGCCCCAGUUGUAACGAGUCCGGUGGUGAAGGCCGCAACCCCACCGCCGCCUCCUCCACCAGUUGUGAGGACUCAAUAUCAACCUCAACUACCAUGGUACUCUGCCCCGGACGAACCUUUCCCACAGCCCGUUCCUGCAGCGGAGGAGACUGUACCUGUUGUACCGGAAGUUCCUACUCUUGAGACAGCGCAAGCUCCCUCUACUGUUUCAGACAUUCAAACGCCUACUACCACAUGCCCACCUUCUGAAGCCGGCUCAGCAGUUGUCUCGGCACUCAUCUCCACUGCUCCACCACCAGCUGCAGCUUUUGUUCCGGCCACUACACCCGCAUCCGUACCUGCACCCGCAUCCGUACCUGCACCCGCGCCUGCGCCUGCGCCUACCCUUGCCCCUACUGCCAUUGUACAGAAGCCUGUUCCUGCAGUACCCGCAGUUCCUAUACCUGCGCUACCCGCGGUGCCAAUUAUCAAGGCCAAAGCCAAGCCCGCUCCUAAAUCUCAAACGGAACCGGCUAAGCCUGUGACUAUCAGUCCCUUGGAACCCAGCGCGAUCCCCAAGGAUGCAAGUGUUAAAGAAUCAGCUCCGAAGGAUGUAACUCCUAAGGAUGUAACUCCUAAGGAUGUAACUCCUAAGGAUGUAACUCCGAAGGAUGUAACUCCUAAGGAUGUAACUCCUAAGGAUGAUGUAGCCCUUAAAGAUACAGCUCCUAAGGAUACAACUUCAGUGACACCAGCACUGCCCACUGCUGUCAGUGAACCCGUUGCUGUUGCGCCGCCCCCACCCCCGGCCGCGCCCAAAUCCUGGGCCGACUUGGUGAAAGCAAAGAAUGCCGCCGCGCCCGCAGGUAUCGCAGGGGCAAAGGUCGAGCAGCAGCGCACGGUUGUCAUAAAGGGAAAUGGAAUUGUAACAAACUCACUAUCAGAUAUUUUGAUUAACUUCACGAUUCCGAGUGAGAAGAAUGUUACUAGCCCAUUCUUGGAACCUAGGGGAUUGGUCAAUACCGGUAAUAUGUGCUUUAUGAAUGCUGUUUUGCAAAUGCUGGUGUUUUGCGGACCUUUUUACUACUUCUUAGACCACCUUUCAAAACAAGUCGCACACAGCUUUAAAACGGACACGCCUUUAAUUGAUGCAAUGAUCAUGUUUAUGCGUGAAUUCCGCGUCAUUAGCCCUUCAGUUGCCCAAUCACAGCCUUCGACACUCAAGGCUCAGGAUUUUGAGGCUUUUGGUGAGCCAUUUGUCCCUGAAUUCCUAUAUGAGGUUAUACGGAGUAUGCAGAGCUUCGCACAUAUGAAGCGGGGCCACCAACAAGAUGCCGAAGAAUUUCUAGGAUUUCUUCUAGAUGGUCUGCAUGAGGAGGCCAUUAAAGUUAUGUCAAAAUCCCAGCCUAGCGGUACUUCCACCCCCACUCAGAAUGGUACUUCGACUCCCACAGAAGAGUCCUUGGAAUCGGGCUGGAUGGAAGUAGGUCAUAAACAGAGGACCUUGACUACUCGUACCACAGAGAUAAUCGAAUCUCCAAUCACCAAGAUCUUUGGUGGUAAGCUUCGAAGCGAGUUCAAGGUACCGGGGUUGAAGACCAGUGUUACACUCGAACCUUACACACCCCUGCAACUCGAUAUUCAGAGUCCAGAUGUUAGGAGUGUUACAGAUGCGCUAAGACACAUGGCCGUAGUUGAAAAAUUACAAGGAGAUUACAACCCUGCAAAAGGCCCUAAUAUUACAGCUACUAAACAAGUUCUCAUCGAGACCUUGCCGCCGGUCUUAAUACUGCAACUGAAGAGAUUCCAGUACGACAACACAAGCGGCGUUCAGAAGAUUUGGAAAAGGAUCGGGUACCCCCUUGUUCUUGAAAUUCCACUAGAAGCCAUGAGCUAUAACAAACGUGCUGGACCACCGCAAAAGUACCGAUUGAUUGGUGUCGUCUACCAUCACGGCAAGAGUGCAAGUGGAGGACACUACACGGUCGAUGUCCAAAGGCAAGAUGCAAAGAGCUGGAUUAGACUUGACGACACAGUCAUUAAGAGGGUUGGUAGUGAUGAGGUUAGGAUUGACGUAAAGGUAGAAGAGGAGGGUGAAGAGGACGGUUGGGUGAACGCUGCGUGGGAAGCAGUGAACGGUGCAAAUGGUAAAGGCACGGGAGAGGGUGCGAAAUGGGUUGGCGAAGGUGGAAAGGUGGCGUAUAUCUUGUUUUAUCAAAAGUUUUAG